CUUUUAUUCCAACCAAGUGUUUUGAUUAGAAACCACGAUAACCAAACUACUGAUCCGCAUUAGGUUUUCAUACAUAUCCAGCUUGCAUAAUAUCGUUGGAAAGGACUACGUGCUGUGUUGCCUGUCGGUUACUGUAUCGUUUUAGUUCCCCUCUCGAAACCAAUUUUAAUUUAUUAUUUUCUUUGACUGCAUCAAGAUAUUAUCAAAACAUUGGGUGCGAUGGUGAUCCAUGCGGAUUCAGUUUUUUUACCGUGUUUGGUUUCCUUGGCCAUCAAACUGCCAUCAAAGUCUUAAAUUGUCAUAACUCUGCCCUCUGAUUGGCCGAACGGCAUAAACUCAAGACACGAGAAAGUCAUCAGGGUUUGUAAAGUGGAGUUUCGUUCAUUAGGGAGAGCACCUCCUCUCGUCAUUCGGCCUUGCAGUGGACCAUCGGCCUUUGAGUCUUCGAUGUUCUUUACAUCCAGCCCAUCUUUGUAGGUGUUAAAUUAUCCCAAACAAGACGUAGAAAGAUACAUAAACAUAAAUACGGAUUUAUAUCUUGCUUCGCUGUUGGAGUUUUUGGAGUGUGUAGGCGGGUGACUGUGCAGUUAAUUCUGUGGUAAUCGUUGGAACAAUCGGUCUUACCAAUGAGGUCUUGUGGUUGGGCGUCUUUGGCUGUCCUUUUGGCGGUUUUUCUUGGAUUUUAUGAGAAUGUUAAUGCAAAGGGAACUUUAUCUAUUCAGCUGCUAGAUUACAAUAAUCCCCGUUCAAAGGAUUAUAGUGGAAGUUGCUGUGACUGUUGCAAGUUUUUUGGGUACUGCCUGAACGAUUGUGAAAACAUUUUUAAGCUGACUGUUACAUCAUAUCCUUACACACAUUUCAGUGCUCUCUCACCUUGGGCUAGAUGGGCGACAUAUAUCAUGGGAGAUGACAGUUUUGAUUUUCCUGGAUUCGGCAACACUGUUGGCAGUGGUCUUACAAACCCCUUGACGUAUCAUUUUAAUCAAAGAUGGCCGGGUGCAUUUUCUAUUGCUCUCGAUGUGUGGGAUUCAGAUAGUGGCAAUUUUCUUGGUAUUGGACAUGAGGAUGAUCUUAUUGAUGUAGUUCGGUAUGAUGUUUCUGAUGCACCAGCACAGAAGGAUUUACAAAGUUCUGUCGCCAAAACAAUUACGUUGACAGGAAAGAGGUCAAGCACAAGAAUUUUGGUCCGUGUUUACUGUGAUGCUAAUUAUUAUGGAUCGGACUGUAAUAGAUAUUGUGUAGGACGGGACGAUCGCUAUGGCCACUACAAGUGUGAUGCCCAAACUGGUAACAAGGUCUGCUUAUCAGGCUGGAGAGGAAGCAACUGCUUGAUACCAAUCUGUUCCCACGGUUGUGAUGCAACUCAUGGUUCUUGUACAAAGCCCAGUACUUGCAACUGUGAAGCUGGUUGGACAGGAGCUCGUUGCACGUCAUGUGUUAAGAAACCGGGAUGCACUGGAAAUGGCUUCUGUGUAAAUGGGAAUGACUGUGUUUGUAGUCCAGAUUGGACAGGGCCUAACUGUGAACAAGACCUUAACCGUUGCCGAGAUACAAGCUUAUGUAAGAACGGUGGUACUUGUAUUAACACUGACCCUGAUCAGUUCCAAUGUGAUUGCCAACCUGGCUUCACUGGUGACCGGUGCCAAACUGAAAUUGAUCUUUGUGUCGCUCAACCGUGUGAAAACAAUGGAGCAUGUCAAAAUUUCCGUACAUAUUACACAUGCUCCUGUCCUGCUGGAUUUCAAGGUGUCAAUUGUGAAACAGAUAUUGAUGAAUGUAAGCAAGACAGGUGCAGAAAUGGAGCUACAUGCAAAGAUAUGGUUAAUUCUUAUGAGUGUUCCUGUACACCGGGAUAUACUGGUCAUGACUGUGAACACAACAUUGAUGACUGCCAAAGAUCUCCAUGUCAAAACAAUGGAACUUGUAUUGAUCAAAUCAAUGCUUACAAAUGUGUCUGUCGUCAAGGUUUUAAUGGUAGCGACUGUGAUACAAACAUUGAUGAUUGUACACCCAUUGCCUGUAGCAAUGGAGGAACUUGUCAUGAUGAGGUGAAUAACUUCCGCUGUAGUUGUUCAGAAGGAUACCUUGGAAGGACCUGUAAUAAUGCCACUGAUGAAUGUUCUACUAUGCCUUGCCAAAAUGCAGCAACUUGUACUGAUCUGCACCGUGACUACAAUUGCUCAUGUCCUGUUGGUUUCACAGGAAAAGAUUGUGAAACCAACAUCAAUGACUGCACUUCACCAUCACUGUGUGACCAUGGAGUCUGUCAAGAUGGAAUCAACAACUUCACUUGUGACUGUCAUGAAGGAUUUACAGGAAGGCAUUGUGACAUCAACAUUGAUGAUUGUCAGGGAAAUUUGUGUAAAAAUGGAGCCAUAUGUGAGGAUGGAAUAGCACAAUACACAUGCAAAUGUGCCCAAGGCUUUGAGGGAAUGUAUUGCCAAAAUAACACUGAUGAUUGUGUAUCAGCAGUGUGUCUAAAUAAUGCUACGUGUGUGGAUCAGAUUGCAAAUUACACGUGCAACUGUAGUUUGGGCUUUACAGGUCGUCAUUGUGAGUCCCCAAUAGACUACUGUGCAGAGAGGGGUUGUAACAAUAGUGGAACAUGCAUUAAUGAGCGAGCUGAUCGACGCUGUAUUUGCCCUCCUGGAUACAAUGGUUCUAGUUGUGAAAUUGAUCCUUGUAUGAGGAUGCCUUGCAACAAUGGAACUUGUAGUCUGAGAAAUGACGGUGGCUACAAAUGCAACUGUCAUAACAUCUUUACAGGGCCACAUUGUGAAAUUGAUAUUGACUACUGUGAUCCCAGAAAUGACCUGUUUUCCCAGGAGGGUCAGGGAUCUUGGACUGAGUUUGGCUACUGUGGACAGCAUGGAACAUGUGUCGAUGGUCGUACUUCAUAUUCAUGUCAGUGUGACAGAGGCUGGACUGGAAAAAAAUGUGAUGUUGAUAUAAAUGAGUGUGACCCAAAUCCAUGUCAGAAUGGUGGGCAAUGCGUGGAGCAAUUUAACGCCAGUUAUGUAUGUGGAUGUGCUGCCGGGUAUGCUGGAAUGAACUGCACAGAAGAUAUUGAUAACUGUAAAAAUAAUUCAUGCCUGCACGGCGCCACCUGUUUGGACAAACUCAAUGGAUAUGACUGCAUCUGCCCUCCUGGACUGAAAGGAAUACACUGCCAGUCAAAUUUAUCAUGGUGUCAAGAUCCCAACCCAUGUCUAAAUGGUAACUGUACAGAUGUAAGAGAUGAUUUUACCUGCAGCUGUGAAAAAGGUUUUGAAGGAGAUAGGUGUGAAAUAGAUAUCAAUGAGUGUGUAAACUCAUCUCAACUUUGUGGUCAAAAUUCUGUUUGUCUGGAUCUGCCAGGUGGCUUCAAGUGUCAAUGUAAUGAUGACUACACUGGGGAACGCUGUAGCACAAGAAUUGAUGAUUGCGAGCAAAACUCAUGUCUGAAUGGUGGUACGUGUGUAGAUGGUGUGCGAUCUUUCACCUGUAAGUGCAUCAAAGGCUUUUAUGGGGACAGAUGUGAACAAGGCCAAGAUAUCAAUGAGUGCAGAACACUGGACCGUCCCUGUCCAGUAGGACAAGACUGCAUCAACACUUUGGGAAGCUAUGCAUGUCAUUGCCCUAUAGGAUAUAUAGGCCCAGCUUGUGAAAUUAAUAUUGAUGAUUGCAAACCUUCAGUUUGUCAGCACGGAGGAAAGUGUAUUGACAAAGUGAAUGACUAUGAGUGCGAUUGUUGUUCAGGAUGGAGUGGCAGAAACUGCUCACAGUUUAAUAGUGAAGACGAUGUCUGUGGUUGUGAUCAGGGAUUAUGUGAAUGCAACAAGGAAACUCAGACCACUUUUUGUGUCUGUUUUGAGGGGUUUGAAGGUGACAAAUGUGCAACUAACACCACAGAAAAGGAAAUACUGAGAUUAGCAGCUGAAGCAAAGAAAAGAGAAAAUGAAAGACUGAGUAAGGAAAAAGCUUCCAGGAACAGAAAUAUUGGUAUUGCAGUGGCAUUCUCUGUCUUGGGUUUAUUAGCAGGAGCUGCAGCAAUGUGGUUCUACAUGAAAAGGAAGUCUGAAAAACCCAAGGCAGAAAGGUUUGGGUUUGAUGGCGUGGAGGACGUAAAUUAUGCUGGUGGAGAAAUGAUGUACACCAAUCCCGCUUACAGCACACAUGGAGAUGAAGGCACUGAUAACAAUUAAAAAGAGAAACUCUGAAGAGUAAUAAGAUCUAAUUUUCAGCACUGGUGUGCCUCUUAAUUUGUUUUUUUAAGCACAAGUAUGAUCUUAAAAUUUGAAGGUUGUAAACAAUUUAAAUAUUAACUUGUUGACAAAGAAGGCUAUUGUAUGUGUAGUCUGUCAUUAGGGACUUUAAGCAAACCACGACGGCUACGGUAACGAGAACGUGGAAAAACAAUAGAUCUAAUUGGCAGAACAAUAGCCCAGCACGUGCGUUUUCAAACUUUGUACAUUUCUUAGCCGUCCUUUGCAAAACAACAUAUUUUAAUCGGCGUCUUCCGUGGAGUUGCCGUCCUUACUGCUUAAAGUCCCUAUUGUUAUGAAAGUUUGACAAAAUUUUGUUUUACCCAUUUGCUCUGUAUAGUUAACUUAAAUGAGUACUAAUGGCAGAAAUUUUUGGGUCAAUGCGUACAUGCAAAGUGGAGCACCAUAAAUUUAAUGGAUACAUUUAUUUUUUCAACUUGCCAUGCAGUAUUGCUGAAACUCUUAAAGUGUUGUUCCAUUUAUUGUUAGUGUUAUCAACACCUUGCAUAAGAUACAUGUGCAACAAGUUUCAUUUUGUAACUUCUCAAUAUCCAAGGAGAUUUCAUUUGUUGAAGCUGAGAAAGUAGAGUAGAAAACCCCCCUUACUCCAAUUUCCAAGGGAAACAGAAAAUGCAUCAAGUUAUCAGGGAUUCGGGUUAGCUUAUAGUGAAUGACUGAAAAAUGGGGCCAAGAAAAACAGGUUUGUGUUUGAGUUACGGAAGGGUUUGAGUUAACUAAGUUGAGGUAGGUGGGUUGCUACUGUGUAAAUGAACAUCAUGUCGUUCAGGAAAAACUUGACUUUCAAUUAAGUUAAACUGCUUUUGUGUAGUAGUGUGUUGAAAGUGAAUGAAAAUCUCCCGAGUACCAGAGACCCAGAUAUUCUGAUGAAUCUUAAACCUGGCUGAUGAGUGCUAGUAAUGAGCGAUAUGCUUAAAUAAGUGAUAACCAUGCAUUUCAGCGAGGUGAUAAUGAACUUAAUCAAUCCUUGUCACAGUUGCUGCAUCUUGAAAUAUUUAGGCAAAAAGGUUUUAACUGCCUCAUGCAGGUUUGACUUAUUUUAAUGUUGCUCCUUUCAAGAAGAUUUACAUGUGAUUUUUAUCAGUUAUUAAUUAAAGUAAUGCUUCUAUUAGAAAAGUAUUAUUAAAAAAAAAACUCGUUUCCUACUUUUUACUUUAAGUUAAACUUUUUAUACUAGCACAACACAAGUUUUUGUUGUAUGUGGAAUCAUAUUCCUACUAGCCACUGUAUUAGUAAUACUUAGAGAGUCAAGUUGAACUUAUUUUUUAGCAUUUUAUACAAAAUGUAGCAGUCAACUUUAGGUUAAGUAGUGUUGAAACUAUUUAUUGUCUUUGAUAAAGAAAAAGGAUUGUCCUUAACUUCAAGAGAAGUCUGUGCAUUUGUAAGAGAUUUCAUUGAAUUAGUUCUCACAAACAAGGAUGUAGUGGAUGGAAGAUUGUGAUCACUGGAUGAUCACAACUAAGUUGAUGUUCAGAGUUUUAAGGGAACCAUACAUACAUACAUUUCAAAGCAUAUUUUAUGAUGACAUAACUGCAUACAAGUAUGCAGACAUUACCAGAAAACUCAGGAAGCACACUGGUUACAACUUUUCUUUGCAUCCAACAAUUCUCAAUGACUGUCUCCGAAAAAAAAAAAAAAUGUUUAUUAAUGAUAAUGAAAACAAUAAAGAAAUUGCAAUCUUUGUAUGUUAGAA